AUGACUGCGGCUGGUAGCGGCAGUUUCCAGGACGGACGUAUUGCCUCGAAGCGUCUCAUGAUGCUCGUGGCCCUACUUCUCGUCUCCUGCUGUCUCGGCCAUGGAUUCGGCGAUGAGGAUCAUGUCGAGGUGGAGGGAAUCGGCAGCAGCUGCAUGGAGAAUGAGAGGAGAGCUCUCCUCGCCAUCAAAUCCGAUAUGUACGACCCCGGCGACAGGUUUUCUUCUUGGACCGGCAAAGACUGCUGUGGGUGGAGAGGUGUGGCCUGCGACAACACCACCGGCCAUGUCACCAAGCUCGACCUCCGCUACCCCUACACAUACACAUACACAUACACAUACACAUACGAUAUGUGGGAUGUGCUUUACGAUGUGGAAACAAUAGGCGCCAGCAAGGUAAAUCCAUCUUUGCAAGAACUGAAGUACUUGAAGUAUUUGGAUUUGAGCAUGAAUAACUUCUCCCACGCCCCUGUGCCUAAAAUGAUCGCUUCACUAGUCCACUUGGAAUAUCUCAACCUAUCUAAUGCCAUGUUCGAUGGACCAAUUCCUCCUCCGUUCGAGAACCUCUCAAACCUCCACUAUCUCGACCUGCAGGGAUGGUAUUAUGAUGAUUUUCUACAUGUUGACGAUCUCGAUUGGCUCUCCCGUAUUCCUUCUCUAAAAUAUAUUGACAUGAGUUUUGUCAACCUCUCCAAGGCAAUUAAUUGGUUUUAUGUAAUAAAUUCCAUUCCCGCACUCGAAGUGUUGCGUUUGAGCUAUGCAGACCUGCCAUAUGUUCCAUCUCCUUUGCCCCCUUUUAAUCUGACAGCCAUCGCCACGUUGGAUCUGUCUUGGAAUUCCAACAUCACGUCUGCCAUGCUAAGAUGGCUUUCUAACGCCACCAGCCUCGAGAACCUCCUUCUUUCUGGCUGUGGGAGUCUCACUAUCGAGUCGUUACAAGUUGCUCUCGGAGCUCUCAGUAAUCUGAAGGAGUUGGAUUUGUCAUUCAACUCCCUCGAAGGAGAAAUUCGUGAAAUUCUGAACAAUGUCAGUAGCAGGGGCCUGAAGCACUUGGAUUUGAGCUCGAAUCAAUUAUCUGGAGAUAUUCCUCCAGGGAGCCUUAGAGACCUGGAGUACCUGGACUUAUCAUGGAAUUCUAUUGUCACUCUUCAUAUCUUAGCUUCUCUGGGGAAUCUCACAAACUUGCGACAUUUAGACUUGGGGUACAAUUUGAUCAGCGGAGAAAUUCCACCGACCGUGGGAGAUUCUGUCCGAUUGGAGUACCUAGAUUUGUCCAAUAAUGGCAUCAACGGAAAAAUACCACAGGCCAUCGGCAACCUCAGUAACCUAUUGGAAUUACAUUUAUCAGGCAACAAAAUUGUGGGAUGGAUACCACCGAGCAUCGGCAACCUCACCAACUUGGUAUACUUAGAUUUAUCAUACAACAAUAUUGUCGGUUGGAUACCACCGAGCAUCAGCAACCUCACCAACUUGGUAACGUUAGAUUUAUCAAGGAAUAAUAUUGUCCGUUGGAUACCACCGAGCAUCGGCAACCUCACCAACUUGGUAUACUUAUCUUUAUCAAGGAAUAAUAUUAGCGGAUACAUUCCAGAGACUUUGGGUACUCUCAUCCAUAUGGAGGAAUUAUUUUUAAGCAAUAACAACUUAUCAGGUCAGAUACCAAUGACAAUCGGCAAACUCCACUACUUGCAAAACUUGGACAUGUCAUAUAAUAACUUAUCAGGUCAGAUACCAACGACAAUCGGCAAACUCCACUACUUGCAAAACUUGGACAUGUCAUAUAACAACUUAUCAGGUCAGAUACCAAAGAAGAUCG